UGUGGGAGUUUAGUCGAUAUUGAGGAGCGCAUAAUCCGAACUUCUGCCUUUUUCAACGGGGUCUGACAGCGCUGAGGUCGAGAGUUAUAACUGUAACGAAAAUGAGGACCGUCGCCGUGACAGCUGUCCUUCUGGUGCUCUGCACCCUGGCAAAAGCAACGAACUUCUCGGUGUCGGUGUUUUCUGGAGGCACGCUGAUCAGUGGCACAUUAUCAAACUCCGUGGUGCUCAGCCUGCCCCCUUGCAGAUUCGCAGGACAGCCGGUCAGUGUAAUAUGGAAUUACACAAACGGAAGCAGCGCUGGGAAUCUCCCAAACGCGUUCGUGGUGCCAGGGUGCCAAUUCAAGAGAGAUCUGAUUCAAGUAUCCGACAGCAACCCGCAGUUCACAGUGACCAGAAACCUGGGCUACCAGCUCACUGGACUGCAGCCAGGACAAACCUAUAAUUUUCAAUAUGUAAUCCCAGCGACACUAGACAUGAGCAACGUUGUGUCGGCUACCACCCGACAAGUGCAAGACUACAACUCUAUCGACGGCGGUCUGGGAGCCCGGUCUGGGGGUAUGAUCGUCAUCACCAUCCUGCUGUCCAUCGCCAUGUGCAUGCUCAUUGUUGGGCUGAUUGUGGCUAUCGUUUUGGGCCAGCGCAAGUAGACAUGCACGGCCACAAGAGCAACUACCUUAAAAACAUGUUUUCUUCACUUCCUGUGUGCAUGACAGCAUCCCUCGUGUUUCGGAUCUUUUUCCUUCCCGUCUUGGAGCCGUUUGUACUUGUCUGCAUUCCUUCAAGGCUGUGCACUCGGGUUAGUGUGUGGAACGGUCCCUCAGAAGUGUUUUUUAUGGCCUGAACUGUAAUAUAUUCCCAGUUUGUAGCAUGAUGGCAGCCCCUGCCCUAGCCUGACUACAGCUGUAAUGUGCAUGUCUGUUCCCCUGUGCUCUUUGUUUUAUUCUACAUUGUUAUUUUAAUAAAAACACACACAAUGUCA